GCUGCGAGAGCCGAGCGGCGCGAGGAGAUGCGAGAGGGCGCCGCGCGCCGGCACCAUGCGCCCCCCGCCCGCGCUGGCCCUGGCUGCGCUCUGCCUGCUGGCGCUGCCCGCCGCCGCCGCCGCUGCCUACUUCGGGCUGACGGGGCGGGAGGUCCUGACGCCCUUCCCUGGGCUGGGCACCCCGGAGGCCCCGGUGCUGGGUGGGGCCCACCUGAAGCAGUGUGACCUGCUGAAACUGUCCCGCCGGCAGAAGCAGCUCUGCCGCCGGGAACCCGGCCUGGCCGAGACCCUGCAGGACGCUGUGCACCUCAGCCUGCUCGAGUGCCAGUUCCAGUUCCGGCAUGAGCGCUGGAACUGCAGUCUGGAGGGGAGGACCGGCCUGCUCAAGAGAGGUUUCAAGGAGACAGCCUUCCUGUACGCGGUGUCCUCAGCUGCCCUCACGCACACUCUGGCCAGGGCCUGCAGCGCCGGCCGCAUGGAGCGCUGCACUUGUGAUGACUCCCCCGGCCUGGAGAGCCGACAGGCCUGGCAGUGGGGCGUGUGCGGGGACAACCUCAAAUACAGCACCAAGUUCCUGAGCAACUUCCUAGGACCCAAGAGAGGAAGCAAAGACCUGCGGGCCCGGGCAGACGCCCACAACACCCACGUGGGCAUCAAGGCUGUGAAGAGUGGCCUCCGGACCACGUGCAAGUGCCACGGGGUGUCGGGCUCCUGCGCCGUGCGCACCUGCUGGAAGCAGCUCUCUCCAUUCCGCGAGACCGGCCAGGUGCUGAAGCUGCGCUACGACUCGGCUGUCAAGGUGUCCAGCGCCACCAACGAGGCCUUGGGUCGCCUGGAAUUGUGGGUACCUGCCAGGCCGGGCAGCACCCCCAAAGGCCUGGCCCCCAGACCCGGGGACCUGGUCUACAUGGAGGACUCGCCCAGCUUCUGCCGCCCCAGCAAGUACUCGCCGGGCACGGCGGGCAGGGUGUGCUCCCGGGAGGCCAGCUGCAGCAGCCUGUGCUGCGGGCGGGGCUACGACACCCAGAGCCGCCUGGCGGCCUUCUCCUGCCACUGCCAGGUGCAGUGGUGCUGCUAUGUGGAGUGCCAGCAGUGCGUGCAGGAGGAGCUCGUGUACACCUGCAAGCACUAGGCCUGUGCCCAGCUGCCAGCGGCCACUGCCGGGACCUC